CCUCGAAGGACGUACGCAGCACGCCAGCUAUUCCCACCUGGUUACGUGACCCGAACCAGGCUGCCAUAAUGGAGUCCGGAUUCAAGGCCUUUCUGCGAAAGCUCCGGAGGACCAAGCCCCUGGGCACGGACCUCCUGGAGACUUCUCUCAACCGAUGCCUGUCCACCUUUGACAUCACCCUGCUCGGCAUUGGUCACAUGAUGGGCUCAGGUAUUUACGUCCUCACCGCCACCGUGGCGAAGUCUGUGGCUGGUCCGGCUGUGGUUCUCUCUUUCCUCAUUAGCGGCGUGGCUUCCCUACUGGCCGCCUUCAGCUACGCCGAGUUCGGCGUCCGCUUUCAAGCCGGAUCAGCCUACUCUUACACAUAUCUGGCAGUGGGUGAGUUCUGGGCAUUCCUUGUCGGCUGGAACGUGGUCCUAGAAAACGUCAUCGGGCUGGCCGCCGUGGCUCGGGCGUGCAGCGCCUACGUGGACUCCCUUUUGGGCAACGUCAUCAAGACGUGGACGGCCGAUCACGUGGGCAAGAUACAUGCCACCUUCUUCUCGGAGGAGCCGGACCUGUUCGCGUUCGUGUUCAUAGUGGUAUUCGUCGUGGUCAUGUCCCUGGGUGUGCGGGCCUCAUCACAUAUCAACAACAUCUUCUCCAUUGUUAACAUCGGCAUCGCAGUGCUCAUUGUCGCCGUGGGCUCGUACUUCGCCAAGACGGAGAACUGGACCAACCCGGCGACCGGCGGAUUCAUGCCAUACGGCUGGCAUGGGGUUCUGGCUGCCUCGGCAUCCUGCUUCUACGCCUACAUAGGCUUCGACUCAAUCGCCACGUCGGGCGAAGAGGCCAGUGAUCCGCAGAGGUCCCUACCUCUCGCCACGUUCAUCUCCAUGAGCAUCGUGACCGUCGUGUACGUGUCCAUCUCGGUGGUGCUGACGCUCAUGGUGAACUAUACAGAGAUCACGAGCGAGUCUGGCUUACCGGACGCGCUUGCGGCUAACGGUGCCACGUGGGCGAAGGUGAUCGUAAUCAUCGGGGCGGUGUGCGGCAUGGUUACCGUCCUGAUGGGCAACGUGUACGCCCUGACACGCAUCGUGUACGCCAUGGCCGAGGAUGGCCUCCUGUUUUCCUGGUUCUCGCGCGUCAACCAGCGGACGCAGCUACCGCUGGCUGCCAUGUACGCCUUCACGGUGCUGUCCGCCUUCCUGGCCAUCUUCCUGGACAUCCACACGCUGGUGGAGAUGAUGUCCAUCGGCACGCUGCUCGCCUACCUUGUGGUCAGCGCCUCGCUCAUCAUCGUGCGAUACAUGCCCGUCUCGAGGCUCAUGGGCGAAGAAAAUCAGGAACCACCGGACAUGACGAAGCCUUGCUUCUCGGAGAGUGAGGGUGUCUUCGACUGGAGCCGGCGACGUGGCCGGUCGGCUGCGGGCCACGUUCUCGUUCUGCACCGGCUGUAUCCUUUCAACCAGCCGCCUGGAAUCGUAGUCUCGUACUGCAUCACCACGCUUACCCUGGACGUCUUCCUUCUUAGUUUCCUGACCCAGCUGCUGCUUGAGCCAAUCACCUCGGGCAGCUUCUGGGCCGUACUGCUCGUGGUGCUACUAUCCCUGGUGGCCCUGUUCUGCUUCGUCGUCAUACUCAUGCACCAGCAGUCCACCACGCUGCUGCACUACAAGAUGCCACUAGUGCCCCUCUUGCCUACCUUGAGCAUCAUAAUCAACGCCACGCUGAUGACAACGCUGCAACCACUAACGUGGGUGCGACUGCUGAUAUGGGGUCGCCGACUUCUGGUCUACUUCAGCUACGGCAUAAAACACAGCAAGCUCAACCCGGACAGCGUCAUCUCACCGCAGACGUCACUCCUCGCCAUGGAGUCACGAGACCAACCUCGCAAGUGGGGCGCCACGGAUCAGGAAGUGACGUCGGCCACAGUUCCGGCCGAAGCGGGCGACAGCAGCGCCGACGACAAGCAGCCGCUCGUGUCGUCACCGCAGCCGAGAUCCUAG